GUAUACGAAACUUGGCUAUGCAGGAAAUACAGAACCUCAGUUCAUUAUCCCAUCAUGUAUUGCAAUCCGAGAAUCAGCCAAAGUAGGUGACCAGGCUCAGAGGAGGGUGAUGAAAGGUGUUGAUGAUCUGGACUUUUUCAUAGGAGAUGAAGCCAUAGAUAAACCUACCUAUGCUACAAAGUGGCCUAUACGACAUGGUAUUGUUGAGGACUGGGACCUCAUGGAGAGAUUUAUGGAGCAGGUCAUUUUUAAAUACCUACGAGCUGAACCCGAAGAUCACUAUUUUUUAAUGACAGAGCCUCCACUAAACACACCAGAGAACAGAGAGUAUCUUGCAGAAAUCAUGUUUGAGUCAUUUAACAUACCAGGACUUUACAUUGCUGUUCAGGCAGUGUUGGCCUUGGCUGCCUCUUGGACAUCACGGCAGGUUGGAGAGCGUACUUUGACUGGAAUUGUCAUCGAUAGUGGGGACGGAGUCACCCACGUGAUUCCUGUGGCAGAAGGCUAUGUAAUUGGAAGCUGCAUCAAACAUAUUCCUAUUGCAGGUAGAGAUAUUACUUACUUUAUUCAACAGCUCCUAAGGGAAAGGGAGGUGGGAAUUCCUCCUGAACAAUCUCUGGAGACAGCAAAAGCCAUAAAGGAGAAAUACUGUUACAUUUGCCCUGACAUAGUGAAAGAAUUUGCCAAGUACGAUGGAGACCCUCGGAAAUGGAUCAAACAGUACACUGGCAUCAAUGCAAUCAACAAAACCAAGUUUGUUAUAGAUGUGGGUUAUGAAAGGUUCCUUGGACCCGAAAUUUUCUUUCAUCCUGAGUUUGCUAAUCCUGAUUUUAUGGAGUCCAUUUCGGAUGUGGUUGAUGAAGUCAUACAGAACUGUCCCAUUGACGUGCGGCGUCCGUUAUAUAAGAAUGUGGUGCUCUCAGGGGGAUCCACGAUGUUCAGGGACUUUGGACGACGGCUGCAAAGGGAUUUGAAAAGAGUGGUGGAUGCGAGAUUGCGACUUAGCGAGGAACUCAGUGGGGGCCGGAUAAAACCCAAACCAGUUGAAGUUCAAGUGAUAACACAUCAUAUGCAGCGUUAUGCAGUUUGGUUUGGUGGUUCCAUGCUGGCUUCAACACCAGAAUUUUUCCAAGUAUGUCACACCAAGAAAGACUAUGAAGAGUAUGGCCCUAGUAUUUGUCGUCAUAAUCCUGUUUUUGGAGUCAUGUCAUAACGCUCAUCUAAUGGAAGCAAGAUCACUGAUACCUUGCUGGUGAAGAAACUCAUGUAAAGCAGAGGAAGGCAGUAGAUACUGUAAAUACUGAAGGAAGAUGUUGUUAUCUCUGGGAUGCAUUUGGAUCACCACCGUGCACUGAAGCACAACUCACAGCCCCAAGUCAUUUCAGUAAAAGCCAUUUCUCUGCUGACUACUUCAAAGCCUAUCCUUCUUUCUUCCUAAAUGUGAGGUAAUUGAAUAUAGGUAAGUCUCAGUUUAGGAGAUUGUGCAAAUACUACUGAAACUGACUCUAGAAGAAUAAGGCAGUGUUUUACUGCUUGUGGAAGGAUUUACCCCUUUCCCACUUUGCCCUGAUUCUGCAAUCAAAUCUUUUGCAACGGAGCACUGAAUACCACAUUGCCUUCAGGGGAGUUGGGAUGGAUGCAGGUACCUGCCCCAAAGGAUUAGAUUGCAGGAUUAGGACUGCACUUUGUAAAUGUAGGUUUUUUCAUAUCAUUUUGUAUUUUAUGAUAUUGGUAGGGUAAAUUGGUGA